GAACACGUCGUCCGUACCGGCCGGAGAACACUUGUGUUUCGAAUCGUGCUUCGACAUUGCGGCCUCCGACGUUGCUUUCAUUAAGCUUCCGCUGUCUCCCCUGCUCCGAGUUUUCUGAGAUCGAUAGAUCUGGUGAGCGCCCAUAGUGUCAGGAGGGUGAUACAAUCGUCGUGAACCGCUCGACCGACUAAUUGACUUGUCUGUGCGAAACACGGCACUGGACGAGGGAAAUGACAACGGACGCCAGUAAGCUGAAGAAGAUCGCAGCCGAUCUCCUGACUCUGCAUAAUGAAUAUGAGGCCAAGCUACAGCCGGCAUUCAUCGCGUCGCUCAAUCAACAGAAAGCGGUUCAGAAGAGCGAAGAUUUUUGCGAGAAACAAGUGAAACACUUCAUGCACAACAUACAGCCGCUCCGAGCCCGCUUAAACAGCCUGAAGUCGAAAGAACUCGUUGGAGCGGAUUCCGAGGCAAUCAAUGAAGUUCAAAACGGUCUUGAGGAGCUUUCAACAGCGAUACUGCUCAUAAAACGUAACCUGCCAGCCCCAGCAGGCAAAUAUCUCUAUUUGGUGCUGGGCUCGGUCAGGGUCUCGAUGCCGAGCAAAAUGAAGCUCUUAUACAAAAUCGAAUACGAAAACUUCAAACUGGCCGUCACAUGGGCUCUGCUUCUAUUGUCUUUGGUCUGUCUCUUCCGCGGAGCGGGCACUCGAUGGGAUCCCGUCCUCAUGUUCGGUCUUGUCUGGUUCUAUUGUACCUUAACGAUUCGAGAAUCGAUCCUGAAAGCAAAUGGAUCCAACAUAAGCGGGUGGUGGAGAAUUUAUCACUUCCUAGCGACUGGUCUCUCGGGCGUUAUAGUUCUUUGGGCCGACAAACCCGGUUUCCAAAACCACCUCCGCACGUGUUUCCUAGCAUAUACAUUCGUCGUUCUCGUAGCUCAUCAGGUCCAAUAUCGCUACCAAGCAGGAACAUUGUACAGACUUCAGGCUCUCGGGAACACUGCGAAUGAAGGAGGCAGUCCGAUGGAGAUUAGCGUCGAGGGGGUUCGAUCGAGCGUCGCUCAACCGAUGCUCCGUGACUUUUUCAUCCUGAUGCCGUUUCUCUAUGCGGUUUAUUUGAUACAAUUGUUGAUGGUUUAUCUCAUCGUGGAACAAAUCACAAGCGAUCCGGAUGCUGUAACGUGGCACGCUGGCACGGCUGCUGUAUUCUUCGGUGUCAUGUUCGUCGGAAACGUGUUUAAUACUUCGAUGGCCAUUUACUCGAAAUGUACUUCAAAGUUCCCAGACCCGCUGUACCUGGUGCGAAAGUUUCAGUGAACUAGAUACGACAACGAGGCAGGAAUACCCGAAAGCCAAUGCUGGGCAGUUGCGGACCAGCCCCAGAGGGGUUCCGAGGUAUCCCUAUUUUCGAUAAUUAAAAUGACUUCUUCUGACUGAGGCAUAUUCCAUGUUAGGCUCCUCCUGCCAGGAAUAAAUUGUACGUUUCUGCGA